AUGGCGACGACACAACAAGAAAUGUCCAGGCUUAUGGCCAACGUCACCCCAUGGUACAGGGAUCCCGGCCGGAGGAAACUCUACGGCCUCCUGUUGAUCGCACUUCUUUCAGCCGCGACCAAUGGAUACGAUGGCUCCUUGAUGAAUGGAGUGCAAUCCAUUACUUACUACGAGAACUACUUCCACCAUCCUCACGGCUCGACGCAGGGCCUCCUGAAUGCUAUACAGAGUGUGGGAGGGGUGGUCAGUCUGAUUCUGGCCCCGUACAGUGCCGAUUAUGGCGGGCGAAAGUGGACGAUUUUCGUCGGCUGCCUCAUCGUGGUCGUCGCCGGUAUCCUUCAGUGUUUGUCUGUGAACAUCCACAUGUUCACUGCUGCUCGUUUCCUGAUUGGUCUUGGAUCUGGCUUCUCUGGUCUGGCUUCACCGUUGCUCAUCACCGAACUUGCCCACCCCUGUGAGCGAGGCAAGAUCAGUGCCUUGUACAACACUCAAUACUACUUUGGUGCAUUUCUUGGAGGCUGGAUCACCUUUGGCACUCUCUACAUCAAGUCGAACUGGUCAUGGAGACUCCCCAGCUUGCUCCAAUCCGCACCUUCAUUCGUCCAGGUGCUCCUCGUUAUCUUGCUGCCAGAGUCUCCCCGCUGGCUCAUGUCUCGGGGCAAGGACGAAAAAGCCCUCGCCAUCCUCGCAAAGUACCAUGCCAACGGCGAUCGGGACGAUCCUCUAGUCCGCUUUGAAUAUGCUGAGAUGAAGGCUUCGAUCGGCCAGGGCGAACAAAAGGGUCGCUGGUCCGAGUUGUUCAGAACCCGUGGCAACCGUUACCGCGUCUUCAUCUGCCUCUGCUGCGGCGUCUUCUCUCAAUUUUCCGGCACCAGCCUGACGGCAUAUUACCUGCACAACAUCCUUCAAAACAUCGGAAUCGACAGCCCAAACUACCAGAACAUGCUCAACGGCUUCAUCCUGAUGGUCAACAUGUUUGAAGCCUGGUUCUGGGCGUGCAUGGUCGACCGGUUCGGCCGUCGGCCACUCUUCCUGAUCGCCUCGAGCGGCAUGUGCUGCACGUUUGCCAUCUGGAUUGCCUUGACGGCGUCCCAGCUCCAGCAUCCGAAGCAAGUUGGAUUCGGAAAGGGUGUCAUCGCCAUGAUUUUCUUCCACAACUUCUUCUACAAUUUUGCCUGGAUCUCCCUCAACAUCGGCUACCCUCUUGAGAUCCUGAGCUUCAAGAUCCGCGCCAACGGCCUGUUCAUGCAGGGCCUCGCCACCAACAUCUGCCUGGCCCUGUCUCAGUACAUCAUCCCCAUCGGCAUCGCCGCCGGCAGCUGGAAGUUCUACUUCUUUUUUGAGGGGUGGCUGAUCAUCCAGCUCGUCACCGUGUAUUUCUUCUUCAUCGAGACCCGCGGUGCCACCCUCGAGGAGAUCAACCGGACGUUUGACGGCGCCGACGCCGUCGAGGAGAUCAAGCAAAAGGCCACCGAGGCCAUCGGUGUGGAGGAUAUUACCGAGAUCGGCGCUUCCAGAAAAGGCGGGGACCAUGGGUUCGGUGUCGAGGUCACCCAUGUGGACGAGAUUCACGAGAAGACGGGUUAA